AUGAGCAGUAGCAGUAAGGUUUUCAACGUGUCCGUUUUCUUUGUGGUCUUCAGAGAGUGUCUGGAGGCCGUGGUGAUUGUUUCCGUGCUUCUGUCGUUUUUGAAGCAGUCCGUGGGUGCCCAGGACGUGAACAUCUACAAAAGACUUCGCAGACAGGUGUGGAUCGGCGUGGCCAGCGGGCUUUUCAUCUGUCUGGCAAUUGGUGGUGGUUUCAUCGGAGCUUACUACUCGCUUCAAAACGAUAUUUUCGGCAACGCCGAAGAUUUGUGGGAAGGUGUGUUCUGUAUGAUCGCUACGGUGAUGAUUUCGGUUAUGGGUAUUGCCAUGUUGCGUAUCAACAAGCUGCAGGCCAAGUGGAGAGUGAAGAUCGCGCGCGCGUUGCUAGAAGUGCCAGAGCGCAAGAGAGACCGCUUCAAGUUGGGCCAUCUUUCCAGACGUUACGCCAUGUUUUUGCUGCCCUUCAUCACAGUGCUAAGAGAAGGUUUGGAAGCUGUGGUAUUCGUUGCAGGAGCUGGUAUUACGACCCAGGGCUCCAGAGCCUCGGCUUACCCACUUCCCGUGGUUGUUGGGUUGAUCGCCGGUUGCGCCGUUGGAUUGAUCUUGUACUACGGUACCUCGAAGUCGUCGAUGCAGGUGUUCUUGGUUGCCUCCACAUGUAUUCUGUACCUGAUCAGUGCUGGUUUGUUCUCGAGAGGUGCUUGGUACUUUGAGAACUACAGAUUCAACAAGAAAGCCGGUGGUGACGCUUCCGAAGGUGGUGAUGGUAACGGCUCGUACAAUAUCAGAAAAGCCGUGUACCACGUCAACUGCUGUAACCCAGAACUAGAUAACGGUUGGGACGUGUUUAACGCUUUGCUCGGAUGGCAAAACACCGGUUACCUGUCCUCCAUGCUGUGUUACAACAUCUACUGGCUCACUUUGAUCAUAGUCGUGGGUUUGAUGAUGUACGAGGAGAAGAGAGGCCAUCUACCUUUCUGCAAAAACCUCAAACUUCGCAUGCUCAGUCCCACUUACUGGAUCAAAAACAAGAAGAAGAACGAGCUGUCUGACCGCGAACGCGAGCAGCUGUUCCAGAGAGUAGAGCAACUUCAAUUCAACGAACAGGGUGAACUUGCCCAUAAAAGCAGCGGCGAGCUAAACCAAGCCGUUACUACUAUGCCCUCGGACUCUAAUUCCUCCGCAACCGCUAAGAAGGAGGGAAACGAGGUCACCGUCUCAUCAAAAUAA